GCAAAAUGCACGUUGAGGAGAAGCAUCAAAAGGUAAACAAUGCCAAAAAGGCGGAUAAAAAGCAGCGAAGGUGUCUGGCCAUCAUAAAAAACGACUGCGAGGUGUCCCCAAGUGAUGAGCCAACCAUUUACCUAGCGAUCCUCAACGUGGGACUGAGCAAUGGACUCACGGAGGAGUGUUUGCUCCAGGCGGCGGCCACAGCCGGUGGAAAGGUCACCCAAGUGGUCAUGUUGCCGGGAAAAUCCUACUGCUUUCUGGUCUGUGCCACCGUGGAGGACGCCCAGCGGAUAUAUCUGGGCAUGCACAACGUUUCCACCAUUGGACAACAGGGAGCAGUGGCCUACUUGAGUUUUGUAAAGGAAAUACCUAAUCUUGCGGGGAAAAACGAAUGGGACAGACCUCUGCCCAAUGGACUCCUGGUAAUUUCGGACUUUGUCAGUGAGGAUGAGGAAUCCACUCUGCUGAAGGCUAUUGGUGAGGAUGGCAGAAGAUCCGAGGCCACGGGCACUCUGAAGCAUCGAAACGUCAAGCACUUUGGCUUUGAGUUUCUUUACGGCAGCAACAACGUUGAUCCCUCGAAGCCUCUGGAGCAGUCUAUACCAUCAGCAUGUGAUAUUCUGUGGUCGCGCCUGCCGAACUCCGCUUCCACUUGGGAUUGGAGCACUCCGGACCAGCUGACAGUGAACGAGUACGAACCGGGUCAUGGAAUUCCUCCCCAUGUGGACACACAUAGUGCGUUUUUGGAUCCCAUUCUCUCGCUGUCCCUGCAAUCGGAUGUGGUAAUGGAUUUCCGUCGAGGAGAGGAGCAGGUUCAGGUCAGAUUGCCGCGCCGAUCCUUGCUGAUUAUGUCCAAUGAGGCGCGCUAUGAUUGGACGCAUGGCAUUCGACCAAAGCACAUCGAUGUGGUGCCCAGUUCGUCCGGAGGUUUAACCACUCAGUCGCGCGGCAAGAGGACUUCCUUGACUUUUCGCCGCCUACGAAGAGGACCCUGCAACUGUUCGUAUCCCACGCUCUGCGAUACUCGGCAAACAAAGGUGCCACAGGAACUCAACGCCUCACUGGCUGCUCAGGCCGUCACUUUGGAGCAACAGAAUGUCCACGAGGUGUACGAUAAGAUUGCCGAUCACUUUAGCGAAACGCGGCACACACCCUGGCCACAGGUAGCCGAAUUUCUGGACUCCUUUGAUCCGCAAUCCGUGGUGCUGGACAUUGGCUGCGGCAAUGGCAAGUAUCUCGGCUGCAAUCCUCAGCUCAUCAACAUUGGUUGCGACCGGGCCCAGGGAUUACUAGCUGUGGGUCGUCGGAAGGGACAGAAUGUCUUUCGAUGCGACUGUCUUGGUGUUCCAGUGCGCUCGUCUAGCAUCGAUGGCUGCAUCAGUAUAGCGGUCAUCCAUCACCUGGCCACUACCGAGCGACGUUUGGCCGCUCUUCAGGAAAUGGCACGUGUUCUGCGACCUGGAGGCCGUGCCUUGGUCUACGUAUGGGCUAAGGAUCAGCGGAAGAAUGAUAAGAAGUCAGCUUAUCUGCGGCAAAAUAAAGCAGUGAAUAAGGAGCGCACCACCGAGCAGCAGCAGCGUCAGAAGCAGCGCCAGGAACUGGAGCAGCAGCUGCCCAAUAAUACACCUCUUCCUGUGCACACCAAUCGCACUGAGUUCCAGCAGCAGGACGUACUGGUGCCGUGGAAGACCAAGGAUGAACAGAGGACCACAUAUCUGCGAUACUACCACGUCUUCGAGGAGCAGGAACUGGAGCAACUGGUGGCCCAGCUGCCAGAAGUUCAAUUAAAGAAAAGCUACUACGACCAAGGCAAUCAUUGUGUAAUCUUCGAGAAGAUCUCGAAAAACUCUUUAUAAAAAAAGAUUACAUUUAUGUAAUUCGUUUAUUUGAUUUCAAAAAUACACAUUCACACAGUU